AUGGAGCUUCUCAACAACGAUGAGUUAGUGGGAACUUCAUUGGAUAUGAUAUUUAGCCUUGAGCCGAUGUUUUCCCAUUCAAAAACUAUUUCUUCCCUUGCACCUUCAACUGUGACCAACAAUACUACGGACGCUCUGGAUGAUUUGGAUAACGGUGCCCUUUCACUCAUAACUGAAAUUGAUAUUGAUUGUGAACAAAUCGAGUCCAUUGAAUCAAUGAUCCAAGAACAUGUCCCCGGUUUGAACUUGAUACACGCGCUUGAUGAUGAAUGGGGGCUAUUUAGCUCUAAUUCAAAUUCAAAGCCACAACAAGCGCAAUUAGAUUGCACAGUGGACAAUGCAUUUUUUGCAACAAACGUGAGAUCACCAGGCUCGCCAAGUGUACGCAUCUAUUCCCAGUCGAAAGCAAUCACAGAAUGCAAUCGCAGGUGUCACGGUAAAACGUUGAGCUUGGCGUCACCAUUGCAAAUGCCGGAUGAGGACGCAUAUAUCAUGCCUACAGGACCUCUCCAAGAAAGAAGAAAAAACCCAGAGACAAAUGAAUAUAAGGACAAACGCUCAACAUCUAUCAAAAGGGGAUCAUUGUAUGCAAAGAGUUUUAACGGUAAGGACAUCUUCACCUAUAACUUUUCUAAUAACAAGAUGCACCAAGCCCCCAGCAAAAUUUACAAGCCAUCACGAGGGAGCCACCACUACUCAAAACCGCCAUUGAAACCAUCGGUGACAAUCACUUCCAUCGACACGUUGAAGCAGUCCCAACAACUGCCACGUCCUUUGAAGAAUGUAAAGACUCCUCAACACGAGCCAAGACAGACCUCAGCGCCUGGUGCAACAACAAUUAUACAAGUGGGUAAUCCAUUUUAUAAACCAUUCCACAAGAGUGCCAACAAAACGACGGAGAAAGGAAUCCCCUUCCCUGAUCAAACAUAG